AACUUCAACGCGGGAACAAUGCUCAGUCUUCCGAGUCACGUUCACCAUGGCAGAACACAGCGCUGACGAAUUGCAAGCUCCCGAGUGGUUGAAUGAUCAGUUCUUCACGGAGAUUCUUCAAAAAUCUGAGGAUGAUCCAUCGCUUCGAAUUGUGGGUGAAUACAAGCUGCUUCCUGCUACCCAAGCCGGUGAUCAUUACGCCAGUAUUAUGUUCCGCACCAGUAUUCGAUAUGAAACUAAACGCUUGGCGGGCGAACAAGAAAUUGAACUGAUUAUCAAAGCGCAGCCGACGGCUGAUGGAUUCAAGAAGGAAUUAUCUAAAGAUAAUGCUCUGUUUGUUAAGGAAAUCAAAAUGUACAGUGAGAUUCUGCCUGCCAUGGUGAAAGUGCUGAAGGAAGCUGGCGAACAUCUGGAAGUUGCGAGGUUAAUCCAUGCCGCUCUUGUGCCAAAUGUUGUCAUUGUAAUGGAGAGCUUAACACCGAAGGGUUGGCUUCCUGGACGCGAAUCUGUUGUCAGUUAUGAAGAGGCUCUUCCAACGAUACGUAAUAUUGCGAACUUCCACGCUGCGUCACUCUAUUUGAAUCAAGAGAUUACGGACUUAUCGACAAAUAGUGUGAAAGAGAUGCUAUCUGAAGGAGUAGUUCUGACGCUUUUCACGAAAGGAUUCGAAGAGUUCUGUGCCGUUUUAGAGAAAUGGGAAGGAUACGAAACCAUUGCAAAGAAACUGAAAACCCUUCGCAGCACCUUUGAACAGCGACUACAAGAUGUCUACACUCCAAAUCCGAAAACCGUUGGCUACAACGUGCUCGCCCAUGCGGACUUCAGUUGGAAAAAUGUGAUGCAUAAGACGAACUCGGAAGGUCGUCCCGUGGAUUCGAUGUUGAUCGAUUAUCAAUGCUGCCAUUGGGGAUCACCGGCCAUUGAUGUGUUCAGCUUGCUGGAUUUGAUCAUUGAUAAUCGCACCAAAACGGCUCACCGUGGGAAGAUUCUGUACGAGUAUCAUAAGCAGUUUGCUACGGUUUUGGGCAAAAUUGGAUUUACGGGAAAGAUUCCCACACUGAUAGAUUUGCAAAUAGAGCUACUCCGUAAAGGAUUCAUGGAAGUGCUACACGAGACCGUAUUUGAGAAGUACAAAUAUAUGCAGAUGAAGGAUGAAACAUUCGACAACUUAGAAGAAGGUAACCCGGACGAUCCCACCUACAGAAACCAAGAGUUCUGUGAUACAAUCCGGCGUGAAAUGUCUUCGCUGUUGUACAAAGGCUUGUUAGAUUGAGAAGGGCAAUUAAACGGUUUGGUGAAACUGGUGCAGUGUUUGUCACAACGGUCAAACGUAGCAUCAAAUUCUAAUUUAAUACUACUGACGUCAGAGUAGCAGUAUGUAUGGAUAUAAGCGUAAAGGCAUUCCAACACCUGUAUUUUAUCUGUCGAAUGGCUACAAAUCUCCUCAAUAAACGAAAUAUUCCCAAUUAGUGACAAAUUAUGAACGUAAA